AUGAACCCAUCAAUCGAACGCCCUGGCUUUGAUUCAGAGGAACACCAAAAGGUUCAGGACUUUUUGAAAAAGUACAAUUUACCCCAAUACAUUGAUACUUUUAUUGCUGAAGGAUUUGAAUCACUGUCAGCUGUUCUAGAAAUUACAGAAGAAGAUCUCAUUGCUUUGAAUGUAAAAAGAGGCCAUCGAAGGGUCAUUCAAAGAGGCAUCGCUAUCCUGAAAGGUUUACCAAAAAACCAACCUUUAUGUUUACCUAAUUCAAAUACAACUACAACUACUACCACAACUACCACUGUUUCCUCUUCUACUUAUAGGCCGUCUUAUUCUGCAUCAAAUCAUAACAAUGAAACAUCGUCCGCUUAUGCAAGUGGCUAUGGAUCCAUGAGUUCACCCCGUCAAACUAAUUAUCAUGAUAAUUCAGUCAAUAACUAUAGGCCAUAUAGUGUUGAACAACAGCAUCCUUUAAGUAACGCAAAUCCACAACAAACUUCACAACAAAAAUUACCCCCUAUUUACCAAGUCAUUAGGGGUAUUGAAAAACCUUAUUCGCCUACCCCUUCAUUUGGGUAUCCAUCAAAUAAGGAUCGCGAAAUAAAGGAAGCAAAUCAAUCUGAAGAAGAAGAUCAAACUAAAAGUAUAGAUGAUGAUGAAGACGAAGAAGAAGAAGCAGAGAAACAAGACACGUUUGAUAAUUAUGCUAGAAACAAUAAUAACAACAAUCAUAUCAAUGAUGAGAACAGCAAUAACAAUAACAAUAGUGGUGGUAGCAGCAGCGGUAACUCGUCUGAGGAUUCCCCUUCACUCAAGAGAAAAUACAAACGUCAUCCCAAACCAGAUAGGAAUGCACCCAUCAAACCGCCCUCGGCUUAUAUCAUGUUCUCGACUGAUGCUCGCUCACGUUUAAAGCAUCAUAAUAUGACAUUUAUUGAAAUGGCCAAACUUGUAGGAGAUCAAUGGAAGAAUUUGGAUAACAAGGAGAAACAAGCGUAUGAAAGAACAGCCAUGAAAGCAAAAGAUGAAUAUUUAGAUGUCUUGCAUGCUUAUAAACAAACAGAUCAAUACAAGGACUAUCAAAAAUACCUAAAUAGUUUUAAAACCGAGCAAAAGGCGAUCAAUCGAAGAAUCGCGCGAUUAAGCAAAAAAACCAAAAGAGAUUCUUCCGAAAGUGGAAGCCUAGCAGACAAUAGUAGUUCGAAUGAAAAUAUAAAGAGUUCAUCUUCUAGUGGUUCUCUUGAUAUUUAUAAAGUGCAUCAAAAGAAACAGCUUGAUAAGACUAAAAAUAAAAGCAGAUCAAUCAGUAGUAAUGAAGAAGGAAGCAGCAGUGGCAAGAAUACUGCAACUCCUAGCAUGGAUAGAUCUUCAACAACUACAACGACAGGCAAUUCAUCUGAAGGAAACAAUCCAAGUAACUGUGAAGACACUUACUCACCGCAACAGAAAGCACCACCACUGAUGAGUGAUGAACAGGCCAAUGCUAAUUAUCAUCGAUUACCUUUUGAUGAUAAGAAAAAACCCAAAUAG